CACUGUUUGCUUGUGUCAGUUCUGUGUGUGAAUACUGCUGAAAUCUAUAGAAUUAGCUAGAAGCUACUAGGGAAACUGGUGGACAUUUAACGUGUACGAGUGAUUCAACCAUAAGCAGAUGUAAAGAUGUGAGUGUGGUCGGAGGCAGAUGUGCUCCCAUGCUCACACCCACCCCAGCACCACACUAGAAUGUACUUGAUGAACGUAACUCCAGUCGCGGCUAUUCACACAGAAUGGAAGUCAUCGUGUGGCGGUCCGCCCAGAGGCUUUAGCGGUCUGCCCAUCUGCUUCAAUGACUCUGACAGCGACUUGUCCACUACUGGAACACCCAUCCCAGAGAAGGUCCAGAUGAUCAUAGAGAGCCUAAGGAGCACCCAGUCCUCACUCGACAUGGGCGAUGAGACGGAGGGGAACCAGGUGCUAUCAGGAAAACCAGGACAGGAGGCCGGAGCCCGCGGCUCCCAGGGCCAGGGCUACAAUGCCCGGAGGGGGCCUCACGUGGUGAUGGGGCCCAAGCCCAAAUUCAGAGGCCCUCUUCCUGCCACUCACAUUGAUAACUUGCUGGCAGUGCCAGAAGUUUCCUCAAAUGUUGAUUCGGAGAGCCAGAGUUCUGACAGCGAUGACUCUGUGGAUAGAGGGAUCGAGGAGGCCAUACAGGAGUACCUGAAGGAAAAGGAUGACCACAAACGCAAGGCCGAGCCAGAGCCUUCUACUAAUAUUCUACAGCCACCCAAGAUGCCGCGGAGGGAGUCUCCUCCAACCGUUCCGGAACCUCCCAAACAACAAUCCGACAGCAAUAAGAUUUUAACUGCCAGCAACCAGGUCCCGAGAAGUGUCAAAACAGAAACGCAAAACACCACACCCCCACCCAUGAAAACACUUGUAAAAAGUAAGACACCCACCUGCAAAGAGAAUCCCUUUAAGAAAUUGGACACAACAAGCAAAGCAGCGGUGGUCAAAAAACUGUCCUCUUUCGAAGAGAAGAGAGGCCCCUCUAAUUCAAACCCUCUUUCUGACAAACUGAAGUGUCCUGUGGUGAAAGCUGUGAAGGUGGAGGAACACUUAUCUGACAGUGGCAGCAGUAGUGAUGACGGCAUAGAGGAGGCUAUUCAACGCUACCAGCAGGAGAAGCAGGAAGAGAGACAUGAAGGAGGAGGCAGACAGUCCUCCAAACCCCUUCUUCUCAAAGAGGAGUCAGACUUCAGCAGCAGCGAUGAUGGAAUAGAGGAGGCUAUCCGCCACUACCAGCUGGAGAAGCAGAAAGAGAAGAGUGCACCCAAGCUCUCUCUAUCUCUACCCCCCAAACAAAAGCAAGUGAGUAAAGCAGCCACUUCCCUGCACUGUCCAGAGAGCACCAGCACUCAGGCAGCGGCCAUGAAAAAACACAAACUGUCUAAAAAUAAAAAGAAGAAACCUGAGACUAGGGAUGUAAAAUCCUAUCUACCCUCACAAACUCCAGGUUCCUCACUCUCUCUUAUCAAAAAGAGGUUAGCAGCUAGCAGCCCCAAAGGCAAAGGGAAUGGCCUCCUCCUGUCGACUCAAGUGGAGCCCCUGCGAGAGAGGGAGCAGGGGCAGCACACCACCCCAGGCCCAGCCACCCUGAAGGUGAACACCAUCACCACCACCCCAGGCCCAGCCACCCUGAAGGUAAACACCAUCACUACCACCACAGCUGAGUUGAUGUGUGCUGAGGCCAUUCUGGACAUCUCUAAAGCUGUCAUUAAAAUUCCAGAGGCCUUUAACCCUAACGCAGCAGCAGCAGGCCUUAUCAAUAUCAACAGCAGCUCCACAGAGUCCACCACCACCACUUCCCUCCUCAUCUCCACAAACUGCCCUGAUGAUAAUAAUAAAAGUGAUAAUGAGAGCUCCAUUGACAGUGAGGAGGGGAUCGAACAGGAAAUCCGGAAGUUUCUCGAGCAGAAGGCCCAAAUGCACAAACUCUCACCUGGGCCUGAUUCAGCUGUUGGUACUACAAGUCCGGAUGCAACUAACACUACGACAGAACCAGAGAACACCACCAAACUGAGUCUUGCCCAGAAGAAAACACUGAGGCUGUCUUUGACGCCGAGAAGAAAGCGCAAAGAGGAAGGCAGCAGCAGGAAGGGUUCCAAGGAGGAACGAGAGACUGAUCUCAAAAUGAAAGAAGAGGCAGUCACAAAACCCUUGACCGAGCAUGACAGAGGGUCAAGCUCAUCCAUGUCAUCCCUGAAGAAAGCCCCACUGAAAUCAGUGAAGGGCUCAGAGAGGAGGAGGGAACAGAGCGGAGAGAAGAGUAGCUCACUGGACAGUGACGAAGACCUGGACACUGCAAUAAAAGACUUGCUCAAGACAAAGAAGAAGUUGAAAAAGAAGACCAGAGAUAUGAAGUUGAAGUCAAGGAAGGGCCUCAAGGAUGAUGAGCAUUUGUCUAGAAAAACAGCAUCGCCGCUAAAGAAGCUCAGAACGGAGCCUGAACCCAAGACCACCAGUCUUUUGAAAACUAGCCUUGAAGUCACUACAACUCCUACCGCCCAGAGUGGGAACGACAACAGAGAGAAGUGCAAAGUGAGUAAGAAUGUGUCAAAGCAUCCACAGAGCAAUAAGAAGAAGGAGCCCCUCAACCAGGCAAAUGAGACAGACCGAUCUGAAGGGACAAGAGGUGUAGGAGGCCUAUCGGGAGAUAAUAACCCAGUAGUGUUUCAGAUAAAGGAAGAUAGUAGUUCAGUGGACAGCGACGACAGCAUUGAACAGGAGAUCAGAAAGUUCCUGGCGGAAAAGGCUAAAGUUUCUACUAACACUGUGAAAACAGGAGAUGGAAAGGAGAUUGGGAACGACAAGGGCAAAACUACAGGCCCUCUCACAGAGAAACUCAUCAAAACUACAGGCCCUCUCACAGAGAAACUCAUCAAAACGGAAAAUCAGCUGGCUGAAAUUCCAAGAAUGGACGUUACUCAAUUCCCUGACCCGCCUCGUCAGAGCAGUCCUGAGCAGAGAGGAGUUCCGGACAGAGGAGUCUUUCCAAACACACCCCCAGGAAACCCCAACCCCACCUCCACCCUAGAAACAGCCAGGGGAUCGUGCCUCCUUUCAACCCUCACCCCCAGCUCCUAUCCUACAGCCCUGGAGCCUGCCGAUGGGGCUGCCAGAGCAGAGAAGAGGAGGAGAUCCAGUUUGGGUUCAGGAAGUGGUGAUGCCCCCCAGAGUGCCAGCUCAGAGAUGGCAAGGGGUCACAGCAACAGGUCAUUUCCAAGCCCCAGCACCCGCUUGCCCAGAACUGACUCAGAGCAGUGGUUGAAGAGCCAAGUGUUCCCCCCCAUUGAGACAAAAGAGAAGAUCCAUAACCGGAACCCAUUCCAGUACAGCUCACCUAGUUUCGGUGAGAAGACAGCCACCACGCCAGCGUAUCAGUGUGGAGUAUCAGCCAGUAUCUAUCAACAUCGGAGGAGUGCUGAGCCUGCACCUGCAUUGGACACACCGGUCUCCACCUGUCGUGAUGUUGUACGGAUUGGGAGCAUCAUCAGAUCACCACUGGUUCCUUUCCACCGCCCCUCAUCCUCAGAGACGGCCGUCGUCUUCAGCUCCCCGUUCCCCAGCCUAACCAGGAGACCUGUGGAGACAGGGCCGUCAGGGAGGUACUUCCUCCAGGGUCAUGGGUCAGGGCCGGGCAGCGGUUGGGGUCAAUCUCCAAUCCUGACCCCGGGGCUGUCGGACAGCAGCGUGGUAAACGUGAACGUAAACCAGACCACGUUUGUCGAACUGUCCAGGAACAAGACCAACCACGUACAGGUCAGGAGCAGGGAAGUGACAGUGAUUGAGGGAAAGGAGGAAAGGAGAAGAAACUUGCCAGCAGGAGAGAAGGAAAGAGAAAGGGAGAGCAGAAAGCCAGAGGAGAGAGGAGGAGAGCAGAUAGGAAGACGAGGAGAGGAGGAGUGUGUAGAUGAGACAGAUGUCAGCGAGUCAGACGAGAGGACGAGCCCAGAGAAGAAGCAGGGCUUUCCUACUUUGUCUCUAUCCAGCGCCAUUGAUCCUGGUGUCGACCUCAGCCCUUACAUAGCACUGAACACAGAGGAGAGGAGCAAGAGGUUCAGAUGGAUGUGUAAAGCAGUCGCUGUAAAGCAGCCAAAGACCAAGAUUGAGAAACCUGUCAAGAGGGUGCUCCAAUUUCUACCACUAUCCAGGAAAAAUGAAUCAACUUGGAAGUGAAGUACAUCUUCAAGAUUUCUUAUCAAACAUUGAAAUUAAAUAACUGUUAUUGUUGGUUGAGAGGGUUUGUCUGUUGUAUGUUAAUUGUUUGAUUGGGAAGUAUGUUAGUUAUGUUGAAAUUGCACUUUAGCUCUUUGUUGGUUUGUUCAACAAUAUUUUUAUUAUUUUUAUUUGUUUCAGAUUUGGAUAUUAGGCCAUUUUGAUUAGGCCAUUGGUUCUCAAUAUUAACAUUUUGAGAGUUGUUGAAGAAUGUUUUCAAUGUCAAUACAUUUUCUUCUACAUCAUGUU